AUGGAAUCUAAGAGUACUGGUACAAAAAGACUUAUAUCAGUUGGAUCUUUGUCUAAUUUUGAAAGAGCUGAGUUUAUAUCUUCUAAAACUGAUACAAAGUAAAGAUUAGGAGAGCUCUUCAUUUAUGAACCUACUAAACUAGAAAGUAAUAAUGUAUUAUAUAUAUUACUUAAGUGUUUGGUUUACGAUAAUAAAUUGUUAGUACAAGGAUUCCUAAGUUUGAUCAUCCUAAACCUAUGUUUGAAUUAGAUUAUCAACCAUAAAAAACAUUAACACAUAUUGCAUCAUAAACUGAGUGUUAAAAAUGUAAUAAUAGUUUAACUAAAAUUGUUUAACCAAAAUAAAAUAUGGAAUCUUUGCAUUUAUCUGCUCCUUCAUUAGAACCUUAUGAAAAAUAAGAACCGAAAGUUAUUGUUCCAAAAUAAUUGUAAAGUCAUAUUGUAAGAUAAAAAAAGAAAGAUCUUCCACCUAUUUUAUAAUAUUCUUUUAUUUAACCACCACCAGAAUUUACACAAUCUGAAAAGGCUGUAAAAGAAUAAAAAUCUUUUGGAAAAUUGUCUUAAGGUAGAAUAUCUAAGAAAUUUGAUACAGAAUUGGUCAAAGUCAUUUAAUCAGAACUCAGUAAAUAACUACAUUAAAUUGAAGAUGAAAUCUAAGAUAAAGGAUAUAGUGUUCCAAUUAAAUAUGUAUAAUUAGAUUUCUACGUUUCUUUUAGUAAAAUCUCAAAAGAACUAAAUAAAUUACUCUAAGCAAGAAAAUUAAAUUAGAAAAACAAUCUUAAAUUUUAAAUGAAAAAAAAACUGAAUCCUAAUUCUUUUUGUAAAAAGAAAAAGAAAAAGAAAUCAGAUCCAUUAUAUUUUUUAAAUAACCACAAAAGAGUCAAUCUCAAAUACAUCUUUAAAAAGAAGAAAACAAUAAUAUCAUAUUAGGAUAUUCUAAUAGAUAAGAAGAAAAAAUAUGA